CAGGCGCUCAGAACACCAGUACGAUGUCGCGCAAGGAUAGAGUUGCGCGCUCUGUUGCAUAGCCCUCACGACACAACUCCAGUCGUCCAGAUAUAUCUCUCUCAGAACAAGGAAAAUGACGAAAAAGCUUGUAAUAACGGCCAAACGCAAUAGGGACGUAUUGACUCCAAUAUUGGAUUUGGAGGGAAUAAAGCAUGAUGGUUUUAUAAGAAACUGGUGCCUUUUGGCGCUGUAUAAAACGAGCAGGGUGGCUUUUUCAGUACUCUACAAACACCUGUCAACAGCUGAAAGAUGAAGUUUGGGAAGAGCAUCUGUAUCCUUAAUGUGGGUGGCACAAAAUAUGCGUUCUCUAAGGAGGUGAUAAAAGAUUUCCCUCUGAGUAGAGUGAGCCGUUUGCACAAAUGCGCCUCGGAGAAAGAAGUACUGGAAGUAUGCGAUGACUAUGAUCGGGAACGGAACGAGUUUUUCUUUGAUAGGCACUCCGAGGCUUUUUGUUUCAUCAUGCUGUACGUGAAGUACGGGAAGCUACGAUUCGUCCCGCAGAUGUGCGAGCUGUCAUUCUACAACGAGAUGAUUUACUGGGGGCUGGAGAGCUCACACUUGGAGUUUUGCUGCCAGCGAAGACUGGAUGAUAGGAUGUCCGACUCAUACAUUAAUUUCUCCGAAGAGGAAGAUAAACUCGACAAAGAAAUGAGGGGGGAGAAUUUGGUGACUCGAGUGGUCACAGAGAGAGAGGAUUCAAAGUGGCUGGAGAGAAUGAGAAGGACUUUUGAUGAACCGACUUCAUCAGUCGCAGCACAAAUCUUAGCUUCAGUGUCCGUUAUAUUUGUUAUAGUGUCCAUGGUCAUGCUUUGUGCAAGUACUUUGCCAGAUUGGAAAACCGCUGAGAACAACAGUGUGGUGGAGCACAGGUACAAUCCAGACUCUUUAGAGCAUCCAUCCGGGAUCAUCGAGGCUGUGUGUAUCAGCUGGUUCACCGCCGAGUGCAUUGUGCGCUUCAUCGUGUCGCGGGACAAGUGUGAGUUUGUCAAACGGCCCCUCAACAUCAUCGACCUACUAGCCAUCACGCCCUACUACAUCUCCAUCUCCAUGACGAUGCUGACAGGCGAGAACUCGCAGCUGCAGCGUGCGGGUGUCACCCUGCGUGUCCUGCGCAUGAUGCGCAUCUUCUGGGUGAUCAAGCUGGCCCGUCACUUCCUGGGCCUGCAGACUCUAGGGCUGACACUGAGGCGCUGCUACCGGGAGAUGGUGAUGCUGCUGCUGUUCAUCUGCGUGCCCAUGGCCAUAUUCAGUGCUCUAGCCCAGCUGCUGGAGCAUGGCCUGGACUUGGAGUCGCCCAACGAGGACUACGCCAGCAUCCCUGCCGCCUGCUGGUGGGUUAUUAUCUCCAUGACCACUGUGGGCUAUGGAGACAUGUACCCCAUCACCGUGCCUGGGCGAGUGCUGGGUGGCCUGUGCGUGGUGAGCGGCAUCGUGCUCCUGGCACUGCCCAUAACCUUCAUCUACCACAGCUUUGUGCAGUGCUACCAUGAGCUCAAGUUCCGCUCGGCCCGCUGCACGCGGAGCCUGUCCGCAGAGUUUCUCAACUGAGGGACCACUGACGUUGCAGGAGGGUUAAUGGGGGGGGGUGCACCCCUCACUACCCCUCGCUACUCCCCGACACCUCUUCAGAGACCUCCAUCCACACUAGAACUGUGUAUUUAUCUGAAACGUGGCCUCUUUCAUUGUCUCACACGUAUUUUGUUGAUGUAUCCCUCAUCUUUGAACGUCAGUUUCUGGGGUUGUGGAUUUUGAGGUUUGCAGACAGCACAGCCUUCAACCUUCAACAGUAAAGUCCAAGUAAGAAGUAAUGUAACCUGAUGGGAACUAGGACAGUUUCCACGGCUGCCAUGGUGACAGUGGUUUUUGGGGCAGAGGACAUCUGGAUCAUGUCAGACCAGAAGGAGGCCUUCACGUACUGUGGAUUACACUGCUGGCUGGCAUUCUUCUCUUCUCAUAUGGCGACAUGCAACAAAAGGGAUUUGAGUUUUAAUGUCAUUUUCAAUCCCACUCUCUGACAGUGUCACAGUGUGGGAGAUGGGAGGUAUAAUUUCGCUUCUCUUCCUUAGAUCAUUUAUUUCUAGUAUUCCGUCGGCCAGUGAGUGAACAACAAUGCUUUUCAAAGAACCAAAGUGUAUCAGUACAGUGUACACUGUAUGUUCCCUUUAAUCUGUCACUGCACCGCUCACCUUUCUGCUUUUAUCUUGCGUACACAAACCCGACAGAUAUAAAGAGCAAUUUGAACGAGCCUAUUUACAACUCAAACAUGGUCGCAUUCUAAUCCUAUUACCUAUUCCCCCCUGAAAACCAAGCAAUGCAAAAUGGCUAUGAAAUGUAUUUGUCGGAGAAACCAAGGGGGAGGGUUUUAACAAGAAAGAGUACAAUAUUGUGUGGGUCUGUCAGCUCAGCUGUGUAGGCAGGUCUGUAAAUGUGGAACACCGAGCCACAGAGCGAGAGUGUGUCAUGGAGAGAUGGGUGGUUCGGCUGACACUGUGCAGUGUAGUGAGGAGAGGGCAUGCAUGCCUCAGCCUCGGGAGCGCUGCGAGUCUACUGACUGGAGGAGUGUAACAAUUUGUGGCUGGUGUCAAAACCUUGGUAGCCUCUGCCUGUCACAACAAAGGCACUCGGUAUGCCCAUCCCACCAUCCUCAUCAGUACUGUAUGUCAAAACCACCACAACAUUGGUAGGCACUCCUCUCAAUGUUGUUGUCUGGCCCACCUGCUUCUCCUCGACAUUCUGUCGACGCCAUGUUUGAAUGGCUGGUGUGAUGCAUUCCGCCUCCUUUCCUGCCAGAGUGAAUUCGAUUGAAUCUGAAAAGCUUUCAGCAUGCCUUCAUUAAUUUCUAUGGUGGGGAAUUGGGAAUCAGAUCCUCAUGUGUUCUCUUCACAUCAGCCUGCUCCAGGGUAUACUACCUGUUAUCGCUAACAAGCACCAUCUCUCGCCUCUCAGAUUGUCGAUAGCUGUGUUUGCUCCUAGCACUUGGUUUAAGUAUUUGCUAAGAGAAUCUGUAUUUUGAACCAAAGCAGUUUUAUAUCUUCCGGAAGCACUUUAUAUAGUGGGAGCAUUGGACAGUUCAUCAAGUCAGUGACGAAUGUAUAUGGGUCUUAUUGUGUGUUCUAUUUCAGGGUUUCUCAAAUUCGGUCCCGUUUUGGUUUUUGCCCUAGGACCACACAGCUGAUUCAAAUAAGCAACUCCUCAUCAAGCUUUGAUGAUUUGAAAUCAGAUGUGUAGUGCUAGGGCAAAAACCAAAAUGUGCACCCAAGGGGGGCCCAGGACCGAGUUUGGGAAACCCUGCUCUAUUUGAUGUGAUUGUUAUUCACCGCUGGGAAUACCAGUCUAAUUGUACUAGUGAUGCUGGUUCUGUUUAUACAGAUUUGGUGUUCCUUUGCUUUGUCCUCAGUGUAAUGGUUUCCACUGGCUGAAGACAGCCCCAUCUGCUCUCUCUGAUCUGCCCUGCUUUUCCAAACACAGCAGUCACAAAACUUUCAACUGUGUUGAAUAUGUUGAAUAUUGAUGGGAUAAGAUUGAUUAGACUCGGGCCUCCCAAGUGGCGCAGCAGUCUAAGGUACUGCAUCGCAGUGCUAGAGGCAUCACUACAGUUCCGGGUUCAAUCCCGGGCUGUGUCGCAGCUGGCCGUGACCAGGAGACCCAUGUGGCGGUGCACAAUUGGGCCCACGUCGUCCGAGGUUAGGGGAGGGUUUGGGAUGUCCACAUCCCAUCAUGCUCCUGCGACUCCCUGUGGGCUGGGCUGUCUGUAUGCAUGCUGACCUCGGUCACCAGCUGUACUGUGUUUCCUCCGACACAUUGGUGUGGCUGGCUUCCGGGUUAAGGGAGCAGUAUGUCAAGAAGCAGUGCAGCUUGGCGGGAUUGUGUUUCGGAGGACGCAUGGCUCUCGACCUUCGCCUCACCUGAGUCCAUACGGAGUUGCAGCGAUGGGACAAGACUGUAACUACCAAUUGGGGAGAAAAAAGAUAUAAGAUUGAUUGAACUCGUUUUUUCAGACCGUAUCUUUUGGGAAUCAGGCACUUGAAAUAGAAAAGCCUUGACUAGACUUGGUUGACCUUUGAAAAAAUGUGACUUAGCAUGAAGGGAAAGGAAUAAGGGUGCUGUUCAGAGGUAUUGCAAUAAUCUUAUGGCAAAUGUCUCCAGGAGAAGAGUUGGUCAAAACCGACACACAGAAUGAGGUGCAAUCACACCAAAGAGCCUGAUAUUCGAGAGGAAACAACUUAAGUAUUUGCUUUGAGAGUGCGAGCACACACUGAGUUUUGAACCUGAAGGGAACUGGCAGCAACAAGACCUUCCUUAUCUAUGGGAAUAAUUCACUUUCUCUUGUCAACAUUCACACCAACAUUUAAUUAUCUCUGCUCUCAUUAAAAAACUCACAGGAAGUCACAUUGCUCCACGGCAAUGAGGAUUUAUAUAUCUGACCAGCCUACUUUUCCCUACCAGAAAUCCACAUCAUUCAGAGCUCCCUGGAUUCCACUCCAUUUAAGUGAAUAUUUCCACAAGAUUCAUCAGGGAUUCUAACUGCUGCAGGGGGGACUGAGACUCUAGCACCAUAAAAAAUUCAAGCCACAUAUAGACCACAAUAGCUAGAUUUUAACCAUUUUCUCUCUCUCUCUCUCUCUCUCUCUCUCUCUCUCUCUCUCUCUCUCUCUCUCUCUCUCUCUCUCUCUCUCUCUCUCUCUCUCUCUCUCUCUCUCAAUCAAAGUGGGAUUACAAGACAAAUCAGGCAAUAAAAACACAUUGAGGAGAUUGAAGAUGGUUCACUCGUUAUAAGACCACUGAGUGACCUAUUUAAUGUAUUUCUGACACCCUGUCACUGACAUUUCUCUACUCAAUGAAAUGUACAAAUAUUCCACACCCAAACUCAGUGCAAUCUUGAUAUUUGGACUGGGAACAUAUUACAUAAGUAUCUCUGUUGUCAUCACAAUAUGUAUUUUGACAUUGGACUAAAACUGUGAAUGCGAAGUGUGCGACAAGAAAAUGUGGACCACUAGUGAGUUUGAUCCCUUGUGAAAUGAACGCUUCUGGAAAAGUUGCUGUUGUGUUGAGGAUCAGGUAAGGUAAGGCAAUAUGAUUUUUGUUUUGUUGGAACAAAUGUUGUAUUUCUGAAUUUGGUAUUUGAGAAUAACUGAAGAAUAUUUCCACUACUGUAAACCCUUGUAGGACAUAUUUCUGUGCUCACGGUGGAUGUAGUGGGGGGCAAAAGUGGCCCCACAGUUGUUACAAGACUUGAUAAAUAGUGAUAUUUCAGGUAGGACCUGCAACUUCUGGAUACUCUACAGUACUUUGUCACAUCGAAACACCUUCUGUGGGCACCUUUAGCAUAUUGCCGCUUCAAUAGAAUGUACAAUUGAAAUAGUGCAUAGGAUAUCUUUUGAAAAAAAUGGUUGUUUAUGCUAGCCAUAUCUCCAAAAUGUUUAUUGUUUUUUUCCCUUAUUUUUUAAUGAAACCAGCUAUUUUGUAUAGAGCUUAUGUUGUUUACAUAUAUAAUGGUUAUAUGGUUGUAUAUAAAUAAAGCUAAUCUGUCUAA